AUGCCUUUAAAAAAAGAGAGAAGGAAUCACGCAAAUGAAUUUCCUGGAGUCUGAAACCUUGCAAUGGUCAGACCAAGAUUGAGAGGAGAACCUGAAAGACAAAGUAGGCUACUAAUCUUGUGAAAAACGUUCUCUGGCUGGAUUUUACGGAGAGGCACAGCCAUGGACUUGGAUGUAGUGAACAUGUUUCUCAUUGCUGGAAGCACACUAGCCAUCCCUAUCCUGGCAUUUGUGGCCUCGUUUCUACUCUGGCCUGCAGCUCUCAUAAAGGUGUAUUACUGGUAUUGGCGCAGAGCACUGGGCCUGCAGGUGGCCCAUGUAGAAUAUAAGGGGUACCGGUUCUGCUACUCCCACCGGGGGAAGCCUGGGAGCCGCCCCUCUAUCCUAAUGCUUCAUGGGUUUUCUGCCCAUAAGGACAUGUGGCUGUCUGUGGUUAAGUUUCUCCAGAAGAAUGUGCACAUUAUUUGUGUGGACAUGCCGGGCCAUGGCGGCACUACACGCACAAGUGCUGUAGACUACUCCAUUGAGGGUCAGGUCAAGAGAAUACGCCAGUUUGUAGAGAGCAUUGACUUAAACAAGAAGCCCUUUCACCUGGUGGGCACGUCCAUGGGGGGCAAUGUGGCUGGCGUGUAUGCUGCACACUUCCCUGCCGACCUCUGCAGUCUGACUCUCAUCUGUCCAGCAGGUCUGAAAUAUCCUACAGAGAAUAAUUUUGUGAAACGCCUGAAGGAGCUGGAGAAGACACAGGACACCCAGAGUAUCCCACUCAUCCCCUCCAGUCCUGAAGAGAUGGAGGAGAUGCUGAAACUGUGCUCCUUUGUUAAAUUCAAGAUACCUCAGCAGAUACUUCAGGGAUUAGUGGAUGUCCGGGUCCCACACAAUGACUUUUAUCGAGAGGUGUUCAUGGAGAUUGUUGGAGAGGAGUCCAGGCAUUCCUUGCAUGAAAACAUGCACUUAAUAUCCACACCACUGCAAGUUAUUUGGGGGAAACACGAUCAGGUUGUGGAUGUUUCUGGAUCCUCUGUAUUGGCUGAAGCAUUGCCGGGUUGUCAGGUGGAUCUCCUGGAUAAAUGUGGCCAUUCGGUGGUGAUGGAACGGCCCCGUAAGACUGCCCAGCUCAUGAUGGACUUUAUCAUUGCUCAGCAGAAUGCAGGCUGUGCUAGCAGCAAGAAACUUUCUUGAGGCAGUUCGGAUUCUAUUUAUCAGAGGUGCACACUCAGAGUGCAUUGUAAUUUAUGAAUAUUUUUCUAUAUAGCUAUAUGACUCAGGGAUUUUGCCCUAAAUCCUAACACUCUCUGCAGGAUGGGGAAACACUGGGAAAUAAUCAGCACAAUGUGAACUACCUGAAAAUGAAUUUUUUGAUGUGCCAAAUGCAGUUAAUUUUAUUGCUACAUUGAUUCUAGGUCACAACAGUCUAAUGUCUUUGGAUAGAGUUUUAUUUUUCAGAAUGAUAUACCUCAUACAUACUCACUUCUGUUUCACUUAUUUCUGUGACAUUGCAUCCUGUUGGAUUGAAAAGUCACAGUGUCGUUCAAAUUAAACAUGUCAUGUCUUUCUGAAAGUA